AUGUCCCGCUCACCGCAGCCGCAGUCCCGGGACCGGAGCAUGGAGAACGGGCUGGAGGAGCUCAACGAGGAGGAGGACGAGGAGGAGGAGGAGGAGAUCCUGGACGAUGAGGUGGACGCGUCUCAUCUGGAGAGGUUCAUGCGGGACCGGAGGAGGGCUCGGUCCCUGCCAGCCUGCCUGCUGGACGGCGUCCCGGGGAGCAACGGGAGGAAGAAGUCGGUGAAGUUCGCGGACUCGAUGGGUCUGAGUCUGGCCAACGUCAAGCACUUCAGCACGCUGGAGGACCCGCAGAUCCCCAGCAAGGUGCUGUCCCGGCACCGCAGCUUCCCUCCGCCGCAGCAGGAGCGCCGCGGGGACCUGGGCCACGGCUUCAAGCCGCCCGGCACGGACCGGCUGGUGACCUGCUUCCCGGAGCUCCGGGACGCGGAGCGCAGAGCGCAGCGGCUCCGGGUCUGCCUGGAGCGGAUCGUCAUCUCCCAGUUCGACGUGCGCGGGCAGAUCCGGGUCCUGGACGACAGCGGGGACAAGGAGGUCGGGGUCAGGUACACCUUCAACGACUGGCUGUCCCACGUGGACGCGCAGGCCGUGCCCGCGGACGAUGCGGGGCUGCCGGGGGAGCGCUUCGUCUUCACCGUGUACACGCCGCCCUUCAUGGACCCCAGCUCGGCCGUGCACCUGGCCGUGUACCUGAAGAGCGAGCGCGGGGAGUUCUGGGACAACAACGAGGGUCAGAACUACACCCUCCGGUACCGCUGCAUGCUCAGCGACGCGCAGUUCGUCAGCGCUGCGUUCCACGCCACCUGA